AUGGGUAAUUAUCUUCAAAAUUUUCGUCGUGAUAUCGACGAUGACGACGACAACGAGGACGACGAUACGUCUAGAGAAAUCAGACGAAGAGCAGGAUGGUUUCCAGUAGGAUGCAUAUGUUGUUGUUUGGGGUUACUAUUCGUCAUCGCUGUUACAAUUAUUUGUUCAUUGAUUCCAUUAUUCUUAUCGAAACAAGAUGUUAAUGCUGCGGUGAAUAAUGGUGCAAUUUUGGACAUGGUUUUUGCUACUGAUCUUAGUAUUAGUUCUGCACAAAUAGUUACUAAUGGUGGUUCAUUAACCAGCCAAUUCUACAAAAAAAUGGGGUAUGCGAACGGUGUGUUAACUGUUAAAUCAAUUUCAUUAGAGACGGGUAGCAUUACAGCCAGCAGGACGAGGAAACGGCAAUUACGAAAUUCAGUAUCUUGCAGUGCAACUCAAGCAGGUUCUAGUGUGAGCGAAAGUGAAUAUCUUAGAAUUAUAGCCAUCGUUAACAUGUGCCCAAAAACCAAAUGCAAGACUGCUUAUUGUUUUACAAAAUGUGUCCCUGAAAUCAAGGCUGAUAUACUAGCUAAACUUGGAUCGACUUCAUUUAGUACUGUGACAAAUCUUGGAUCCUAUAUUGUUUCAUCGCGAUUUUGCGGAUUUGAUCAAGUUGUAUCAGAUUAA